GCCGGCCGAGCGCGUGUGCAGGGCCCGGGGCGCGUGCUGGCGCGCCUGUGUUUGCGCGGUGUCGCUGAUGGGGACGUGCGUGUCUGUGUGCAGUGCCUGAGGAGGAUGGAGGAGGCUGCAGCCCGACGCAGCGUGCACGCGCGCAGCUCCGCCGUGUUUGCUGCAUCUGAUGACCGGCCUCGAGCAUCAUCCUCCUCCUCUUCCUCUGCGCGUGUGCCUUCGCAUCCUGCGGGUGACCUUCAGUCAGAGGUCACAUGUCCAGCUGGUCAGGUUGGAGGUGGGCGGGGUCGGCUGUUUUGGACAGGUGGGCUGAGGUUCUGCGCGUGCACGGUUCAGCUCAGAGACUGAGCAUCAAACAUACGGGCCAUGGAGGUGUCGUCUCACAGCCUCUUCCUGCUGCAGCAGCUCAACGUGCAGAGAGAGUUUGGCUUUCUGUGCGACUGCACCGUCGCCAUCGGAAACGUCUACUUCAAAGCCCACAGAGCCGUGCUGGCCGCCUUCUCCAACUACUUCAAAAUGAUCUUCAUCCACCAGUCCAGUGAAUGUAUAAAGAUCCAGCCCACCGACAUCCAGCCAGAUGUCUUCAGCUACCUGCUGCACAUCAUGUACACUGGAAUGUGUCCCAAACAGCCGGUGGACCAGAGCCGGCUGCAGGAGGGCAUUAAGUUCCUUCAUGCCUACCAGCUGUGCCGGAAACCUGGUGAAGGUGUUCCUGACGCCACCGCUGAUGUAGUCCGUAUGUCCAACCUGUACGGCAUCCAGAUCUCAUCCCAGCUGGCCAACAAAGACACUCCUGGAGUUCCCAAGACCACCACGGUCUCCCGGGGGGGCCCUGAAGAUGGACGCUCCUCAGGCAAGGGGUUCAGAUCCCACUCCCAGUUGUCCCUCGCUGUUGGACUGGAGGGAAUCCCGCAGGAUCACCAGGCAUCGAAACUACGCAAUAUCUGCUCUGUGACCUCAGGGGACGAUUCAGACAUCUCAAAUCGCAUCAAGCAGGAGCAAGUGGAGGAGGAGGAUGAGGGUGAGGCAGAGGAGGGCCCCGGGGUGGGGUCUGUGUCUCCUGCGCAGGGCAGCUGUCCCAGUCAGGGCCCUUUGUUCAAGGACCGUCACCUGGUCCUCCAGUGUCCCCGCUGUGGGGAGCGCUGCUCCUCUCCAGAGGACCUGAGAGAGCACCUGUUCAGCCACGCCCUCGACCCCGCCCGCCUGAUGGAUGGGCUGCCACAGGGUGGUGAGCUGGAAGCCGGUGUGGAGGAGGGGCUGGCGGGGGCCCAGGUGCAGCUGGACGCAGGCUGUCUGGAAGAAGCGCUGAGGCAGAGCCAGGCACUUGCCAGUCAGCUGGCAGCAGAGCUGAGGCGGAGCCGGGGUGGAGGUGGCGGAGGUGGGACCAGCCCUGCCCCCACUGUUCUGCACUCACGCAAACGAAAGAUUGCUUGCGCCGUCUGCAGUCUGCGCUUCUCUCACAAGAGCCAGCUGCAGGAACACAUGUACACCCACACCGGCAAGCCGGGCCGCUUCCAUCGCUACAACCGCCUCUGCAGCCAGCUCUUCCAGGGCUCCGCCCACUUCUGUGAGGGCAUAGCUGAGCAAGGGGGAGGGGGCGGAGCUUCCACUGGGCUCUCUGAGGACGCCAACCGGGACACUCAAGACAACGGGAGCUCGUGCUACUCGCUGGACUCCGAGGUGUCCCAGGAGAGCGUGGACGGCGUUCCGGUCGAGUAAUGUCACUUGAUGAUGUCAUGGUUAGGGACAUGGAUUGGAGGCUUGAGUUCUCCUGAAGGCCGUGUACCUGUGCAGGUGUGUGUAUGUUUGUGAGUGUGUGUGUGUGUGUAAAUCAGUUGUGUGAUCAUAGUUCUUUCAGCAGAGCUUCAGUGAUGAAGUGGUUCGUCCUUCAGAAUCAGCAGUCAUUGAUCUUCGUCCCACUGUCUGGAAAUGCACCAGCUGAGAUGCUCAACCUUAUCAUUCAGAACCAAUGAGGAGCAUCAGAUUGUGAGAAAGAGGGUGCAAGACUGCAGCCCUCACCUGCAGGUUCUGUGUCAGCAGAUUCAGCCCAAGGUCAGAGCGUGAAGCUCAGUUAAAUGACCACAAACCCAAGAGCUCCAUCUCAGACUCUACAGGCCUCAGUUAGCAGGUUAAAGGUUAACGGUCAUGACAGGAUUACACAGACUCAUACCAACUGUCAAACAUUGGGGGAGGCUUUUUUUCCGAUUGUCAGGACUGCGAUACCUAAUGUACUUUAGUUCUCAGAUAUGAGCACAUAUAUCAUCAGGAAUGGUCCGUUUGGAAAGUCUCAAAGAGAAAGCGUUUUUCUCUGAAAACAAGAUGGCAGCAGGACUUAGGUUAGCAAAGCUGCAUCUGAAUGAUGGACAAGACUUCUGGGACAGUGUCCUUUGGACAGAUAAGACAUUUGACCAUAACACACAGUACCAUGUUUGGACAAAACUAACCACAGCAACACAAACAUCACCUUCACCAACUGCCAAGCACAGUAGUGGAGGGGUCAUGAUGUGGGCUUGUUUUACACCUUUCAGUCUUUGAGUCACCCAUAAACUCCUCUGUUUUCUAAAAGUUUUUGGAGUUAAAUGUGAGUCUAUCUGUCCAACAGCUGAAGCUUGGAGCGAACUGGGUCAUCAACAGAACAAUGAUCCCAAACCCAGCAGCGGAUCUACAUCAGAAUGGCUGACAAAGAAUAAAGGUGUUCAAUGGCCUAGUCAAAGUCCAGACCUCAGCCUGACUAACAUGCUGUGGCGCGACCAUCAAAAAGCUGUGCUGGAACUUCUGUAAACCUCAACAAACUGAGACAAUGUUGCAAAGAUUGGACCAACAUUCUUCCAGAACCAUGUGAGAGGUUCUUCUAUGAAGCACUGACUGCUGGGGGAGGUUCUAUAUCCAUCUUUCCCUGACGGCUCCUCUCAUUAUUAGACAAAAAAUGACACAGUAUAAGAUGUGUCGUCAUUUAUCUGAAAAUCUUAAUUCAUAUGAUUUUAGGAGGAGAUUUGAAAAGGUUUAUUUACUUUUUACCAGAGCUUCAUCAGUCAGAUGUUUACUGGCUCAGUUUGUUUUCCUCCUAAAAAUCAUAUCAUCGGUUUGCUGGUUCUGCUCUUCUGUUGAAGAAUCUUAAAGGCUGUUUCUUCCUGUGUUUUGGUCCUGGUGCGUCUCCACAGACUGAUUAGAUACAUCAUUUAUAUGGUGCUCUAUGAAGGUUAGUGGCCUGGGACCAGUUUCAAGCAGCCGAUUGGAUGAAAUCUGAGCUGAUGUCAGGGUGGAUCAGGUGUGCUGAGAUAAAUCAGCCUCCACCUGCAGAUCAAUCAUCCUGUUUAGAUUAACUGUAAAAUCAGAAAACAUGACAGAAUGCUCCUUUAACGUUCUCUGCUGCUGGGUUCCCAGGUCACAUGACUUGCACUUAUUGACAGAAUUUUCCAGCCGAGGUUAUUGAUCGCAGAUCGUUGAAUGUGUGACUGUCGUCUUUCUCUCCGUAUUUUGCCAUGAAAACAGGAAGUUUGGUGUUGACGUGUUUUUGUACACGUUUGGUUUUUCAUUGAUGGAAACGUUUUGUAAAUAAAUGUCCUUUUCCACCAA